AUGGUCACCAGCCGCCCAGAUUCUGACAUAGAUUAUAUCCUCCUGGGCUUUGGCAUUGCCACCGCAAUACCCUUCACCAUAGCGAAUGGCGUGCUGUUUGUCCAUCGCCAGCGCUCCUACUUUCAUGCCCAGGGUGGGGUUUACUUCAUACUCGCCAGCUCCCUGGCUGGGCUGGCUUGGAUAGCAACGGUGUUUGUUAACAAUGGGCACUUCAGCACAGUCGGGCCAUUGCAGAGUUGCAAGCUGUGGCUGUUUUGGCUGCAAGGAUUCAGCUUCUGCUUCUGGUUCAUGCUCACUGCCUUUCGGCUCCGCCGCAUGUACGAGCUCAGCCACAACAUCAAGAGAUGGCGGUGGGAGUACUACGCUUUUGCGGCCAUCUGCCUCCUUCCGGUGCAUACACUACUGCAGAAUCAACGGGAACUGGCAGAUCGUCAGAUUCUCGGCCUACCUUCCAUAUUGGCUCUUCGCCGCCGCUGUCAUGUGGAGGUUGCAACGCCAGCAGGAUCCAUUGCUGGCUGCCGAGUACAUGGACACCUUCGACUAUCUGGCCUUGGUCAUCGCCAUCGCCGUGAUAUACGUCUUCUCGUAUCUGACGAGCGUGAGCCGUAUUGUUUCUGGCAGAUGCCUCUUGACCGUCUCACAGCGCCGGUGCGCGAGCCUUGCUCAUAUCUCAAAGCCAGAGAGUCCACUUCCCUUCGUCCGAGGGAGCUGUGUGGGAGGCAUUCGCAGAAGCGAACGAGGAGCUGGAGAAGUACAAGCAUGAGAUCCAGAAGCUCCAAGCCCAGAAGCUGCGUCUCCAGGAGAAGAUCCGUGAUCUACGAGACCAGGCAAAGCAACAGAGGGUCGAGCGAGUUUGCUUUGUCCAUGGCGUCUCAAUGUUGCAAGCAAGGGUGUUACAUGGGAGUGGUGCCCAGUCAUCCGAGCACUCCCUACGACUUCACACUCCUGGCAUUUGCUUUGGCCGCGACAGUACCGUUCAUCGUGGCGAAUGGCGCGCUCUUCGCCCAUCGCGGCCGCUCCUACUUUCGAGCACAGGGAGGUGUGUAUCUCAUCCUAGGCAGCUCGCUAGCGGGCUUAGUCUGGAUAGCAGCCCAGUUCGUCAACAAUGACCACUUCAGCAGGGUCGGGCCGCUUAGAAGCUGCGUGCUGUGGGCGUUCUGGCUCCAGGGGACGGGUAUUUGCCUGUGGUUCGUGCUCACUGUUCUCCGGCUUGCUCGGAUGUACGAGCUCAGCAAGAACAUCGACAACUGGUCGUGGAAGUACUACGCUUUCGUGGCCUUUUGCCUGCUUCCCAUAGUCAUCCUGUCCACCGUUGCUGGCUUCAGUGACUUCGAUGGACACGAGAAAAGCAAACCGGCGUGCAAGCCAAACAAGCAUUGGAAAAUCAUCGUCCGGUCCGUGUAUACUCCAUACUGGCUGCUGCUCAUCUUCUUUAUCUAUAAGCUGCGCAACCAGGAGGAUCCACUGCUAGCUACCGAGUACAGGGACACUUUGGACUACUUGGCUAUGGCUAUCGUCAUUGUCAUGCUCUCCGGCGUCGCGGUUGUGACGAAAGCUAGCGAUACUAUCCCUGGCAGAUGCUUCCUAACGUUUUCAACAUGCUGUCUCGUGUUCUUUCACUUUUGGAUACGCUUCGGGUGGCCGAUUUACCUAUGUCUCUUCAGGCCCAAAGAGGAGAUGGACAACUUCGAGCAGGAGCUAACUUACGGUGGUGCCCGAGCUCUGGACAUGGUUUACAGCCAAAGGAUACACUUUCCUUCCUCUGAAGGUGCUAUUUGGGAAGCUUUCUCCAAAGCUAGUGACGAUCUGGACAGAUACAAGGAUGAAAUACGGAAGCUAGAAUUGCAGAAAGCGCUGCUGGAAGGGAAGAUCCAAGAGUUACAAGUGCAGAAGAGAAAAGCAGCUGGAUCUGGUCAUUCUUAAGUUAAUCUAUGCAAGGUUGGCAUUUUGUUCUAUCUCCUUUUCAAUCUUUUUGAUUCUUUACUUGA